AUGAGAGGAUUUCUUCACAAUGAUUAGAAAUGCUAAAUUUUCGCGGCAAAUUCAAAAGUUUUCCUUUAUCCAGAAAAAUUUCUCCGAUUCUAAAACGCCAUCGUUUUCAUCAAAAAUCCCCACAAAACCUAGCAAUUCCAUCAACUGGGGAUUCAAUCAAUACCAAAAAUCCCCAAAUGAAACGAUUUCAUCUCGAGAUGUCUACUUACGAACAAAAAUGAUAUCUUCCUGCGUGAACGACUUCAAAUUGGACGAAGCCCUCAACCUGUUCGAUGAAACGCCGCAAAGAGACUUAAUCAUGUGGAAUCUGAUGAUCAAAGGCUGCAUCAGCUGUGGAAGCCUCGAUAUGGCCCUGAAGCUGUUCGCUGAAAUGCCUGAGAGGAACGUUGUAUCUUGGACAACGAUGAUCAGCGCGUUUCUCAAGAAAGGGAUGGUCGAGCAGGCGAGAGGACUGUUCCAGGAGAUGCCGGAGAGAGACACGGCCGCGUGGAACGCGAUGAUCCACGGCUUGUUUGUGAAUGGGAGAGCAGAGGAGGCGAGUUCAAUGUUUGAGCUAAUGCCGGAUAGGAAUGUGAUCUCGUGGACUACGAUGAUCAGCGGGCUCGAUCAGAUGGGAAGGAACGACGAGGCACUCUCAAUAUUCGUGAAGAUGGUGGGGAUCGGAAUGAAACUGACUGCAAGCACUCUUUGCUCUGUUUUAUCAAGCUGUGCUAAAACUGGGGAGCUCUGUUUAGGGAUUCAACUCCAUGGCCAAAUUGCAAAGCUUGGAUAUGCUUUUGAUACAUACAUUGUAGCAUCAUUGAUCACAUUUUACGCCAAUUGCAAGAGAAUUGAAGAAUUUGUCAAGAUUUACUAUGAGAAAUUGUUCAAGAAUGUGGUGGUUUGGACUUCUGUUUUAACAGGGUACGGUGCCAACGAUGAACAUGAAUCCGCAUUGGAGGUUUUUCUAGAAAUGAUCCGAUUAGGUGUAUUUCCUAAUCAAUCAACCUUCACCAGCGCCUUAAAUUCAAGCAAUGAGAUUGAAGCUCUUGGUUUUGGGAGAGGGAUUCAUGGCACGGCCGUUAAGCUAGGGUUUGAAACAGACGUCUUCGUGGGGAAUGCCCUGGUUGUGUUGUACACUAAAUCUGGGAGCAUACACGAUGGCAUCCGCUCGUUCAAAGCUAUAGAAAAAAAGAAUGUGGUUUCUUGGAACACGGUUAUAGUUGGAUGCGCACAACACGGGUGUGGGGAGUGGGCAGUAGCGUUUCUGGGGCAGAUGAUGAAGGCAGGGGUGAGGCCGGAUGGGAUCACCUUCACCGGGUUGCUUAGCGCAUGCAGCCACUCAGGGUUGUGGAAGAAGGGCAGGGGGUUGUUUACGGGCCUGAGGCGGGGGAGCUGGGUUGAGUUGAAGCUCGAGCACUACGCGUGUAUGGUGGAUAUAUUGUGCAGGAGUGGGGAGGUGGCGGAGGCGGAGGAGUUGGUGGAGGGGAUGCCUGUAGAGGCAAAUGUAUCGAUAUGGGUGGCGUUGUUGAGUGGGUGCAGAGGAGGGGAGGUGGAGGUGGAGGUGGCAGAGCGUGUGGCGGAGAGGAUUUUGAGGUUGGAUCCCGGGUGCACAGCGGGAUACGUGCUUUUGUCGAAUAUUUACGCAGGUUGUGGGAGGUGGGGGGACGUUGCGAGGAUGAGGACGAGGAUGAAAGCGACCGGAGCAGUCAAAGAAACUGCUCGGAGUACGUAUUUAAACUAAGGGGAUUGUAAUUUUUUUCCUGAAAGUAUAAAUGUAGUAUAGAGUAGAAAUGUGAUAUCAAUGAAAUCAAACUUAUAUUUAUGAACAAUUUUAAGGGGCAUGAAGUCUCCUUUUACAUCAAAAAAAUGAGUUUAUGCACAAAAUAGAGCAAAUACUAGUAGAUCGCCACGGAAAACUCCCCAGAGGUAGAGGCUGCCUUGGAAUCUGGUGAAGAGCGGCGGCAGAUCAACGGAAGAGAAGAGCAGCAGCUCCGUCGCCGACCCCAUGAUCGGCACCGUCAGCGCUGCAUCCUUCCGAAUCAGAUCAAACAUGAGGGAGUCAUAGCCGGUCUCGUGAAGAAGAAGUUCUUUUCCUGCUUGAUGCUUUCAAUUGGCACUCAGUAUUGUCCAUGCUCUUGAAUUCUCACUCUUGUUUAAUUUCCACUAAGAAUUUUGAAUAUGCAGUCGCAUUAUAUAGAAGAAGAUAACCUAGUUUUGAAAGGAAAGUGGUGUCCUUGGA